AUGUCAAUUCUAUUAUCUAAAUUUGUUGAAUUGUUUGCUGUCACAUUAGUGAUGGCAGCAACAACGUUCAUUUCAAGCAUAGCGCCCUUAAAAUUUUUUACCGUAUCAGGUACAAACCUAACCUACUUGACAAACUUCAGUGUGGGGGUGCUAGUUGGUACAGCAUUACUAAUAGUUUUGCCCGAGGGGGUAGAGAUAUUGAAUGAAGGGAUGUACAAAUUGACCUCAUUUACUGUUGGUUUACCCAUUCUAGUCGGGUUUGUACUAAUGUUUACCAUUGAAAAAUUUGUGGGUCAUAAUGGCAACGACAGAAUAUCAUACAGUGCAACUACAAAUACAAAUUCGACAACGUCAUCUGUAUUUGAUGAAGGAAGAAUCGCAUUUACAGUGGGAUCCGUGUUAAAGUCUUCAAUUACUCUCGGAUUACUAGUUCAUGCUGCGGUGGAUGGGAUUUCUUUAGGUUCUUCGUUUGCUGAUCAAGAUUCGACACUACAAUUUGUUAUGGUUAUUGCCCUUAUUAUCCACAAAAUCCCCACCGCUUUUAGUCUUGGAACAAUAUUGAGUAAAGAAAGGUUGGAAGACAAAGUGCUUUUGAUUCAUCUCGGAUUAUUUGCAUUACUGACACCAGUACUGACUUGGAUCACUUUCACGAUCAUUGGAUUUUUCAAUACAAAUAUCCAAUUCGUUACUGGUAUCCUACUAUUAUUCUCAUCAGGUACAUUUUUAUAUGUUGUUUUUCAUGUGAUUAAUGAAUUCGAAGAUGGGUUGUUUGAAGAUGGUACAAACGGAGGAGGAGAAACAAGUGGUAGUGAUGGUAGUACAAUUGUUGAUGGGCAGACAAAGAAGAAGAACAUAUUUGUAGCAAUAGUAGGACUAAUGAUUCCUCUUUUACUUAGUUUAAUCAAAGAGUAG